AAAAAUUUCGAUAAAAUGGAAAUGUGUGGUGUUUAUGCGUACACACAAUUUGUGGAAAUAGAACGCUCACUGCCAGCACCUGAUGACAAGAAGCAACCUCGCGUGGCGCAAGUGCGUGCCUACUACAAUAUUUUACAAAAGCUCUGCGUACUGCUGCAGGUGGACUACGAUGUUUUGGACACCUUGGAGUCACUAGUUCGUACGCUGCAUGCAAGACUUGUGGAAAAGCCACAGCUACAAGAGCUUUCCAAUAAACAUGAGAUUUUUAUUGAUGUAUACGCCAUUGAGUUGCUGGUGAAUGGCUGCAUUAAACUAUCACGUAGCAAAGAUUUAACGAAAAGUUCAGAACAGUGGCUUGGUGUUCAGAUCCACGCAUUGGAAACAUAUUUGCUCGAUGCGUUGACUUAUGUGGGGGUUAAAACAAUGGCGCAAAUGUAUCGCCUGAAAACGUGCUUCAUUUGCCUUGUUAAUUUAUAUUGUACUUUUCAUAAUACCACUGGCGUCUACAAGCUGCCACUCAAUCUGCGUUCAUACCACAUAUUGCUGCAAACUUUGUUGGCCGGCUGCUUGCAGCGUAAACCACAAACAUCAGCAAGUGUGCAAAGCAUAAGCGAUGAGUAUUUAGAACUAAAUCCAAAAUAUGUUUUGCAAUAUCAGAAGCUAAUGUUUGAAAAAUUUACAAAAUUGCAUUCAUCGAAAUAUGUCGAACUACCAUCGCCGGCCGCUUGGAAAAUAUGCUUGCAUUAUGGAUUAGUGAGUACAAUCAUUGUACCUCCUGUUGAUUAG